AUGUCAGCCCCCGGAGCAGGGGCCAGCAGGUCGGGCUGCCGUUCUGUGCCCACAGGGGGGCACUUGCUGAGGAGGCAGUGGUGUCUCCCGGUCCCCGGAGAGCAAGGGGUUAAUCUCGCCUUCCCCGCCUCCCAUAGCCCCUUUAAAAACUCCCGGUUUUUGUCCCUGCUGCAGCCCCCCGACGCUCCUCCCGGCGCCCGUGAGCACCACGACCACCCCGCUGCCCCUCGGCCCCAACGUCGUCUUCGGCUGCCAGUCCCUGUCGCCGAAUUUGCUGUCCUACAGGUACUUGCCAGGGGACCCCAUGGCCCUUGUCCUGGAGGACCUGUCUCCCAACCCCAUGGACGAGGAGAUGCCGGAAAUCGCCCCCUUCUCGCCCGCCAGCCACGGCUCGCCCUUCGGGACCCUCCUGCCGGCCCCUCCCCAGCUGCUGGCGGCGAGCCUGGGCAACAACAUGGACUUGCCCUCGGAGGACGAGAUCACCCAGCUCUUGUACGAGGCACAGAUGGAGGAGGGGCUCCAGCCCCCCACCCAGCCCUGCAGCUACGGCGACCCCAUGGCCAACCCCAGCUGGUGACCUCGCGGCGGGGGGGCCCCCGCUGGACACUUUGGAGAACGACGCCCAUCCAGGAGAGACGUGGCGAGGGGCUGGGGGGUCUCGGCUGGGACCCUCGGGGCCUGCCCCAGCCGGACUUCAGCCUGGGACUGAGCCGCGCUUGGGGGCUUGGCUAGGUGUGCGGGGGGGGAGCGGUGUGGCACAUGGGGGGCCAUCAGUGUCCCCUCCUUCAUUGCCUUGUGUUAGCCAUGUACAAACGCCGCACCAUGGAACACGCUGACCCACCCGACCCCAUCCUGGGGCUGGCAACCACGGCAGCAGGGGCAGCCCCCCUUUGCCCCCCCCAG